CAAACAGAUUCCAACUGCGAAAACGGUGUAUAUCCUGGUCUUUCAACUGCUGCAGUUUGAGUGUAUAUUUCAGUGCGAAGAGAAAAUUAUAAGACUUGUAUAAUCGAAGUAAUUUGGUCGUGGAAAAAACGCAAACCAACUUUUCAUCAUGAAGUGUUCAAUUGUAUUGCUUGUAUUAGUCUUGUCUAUCAUGACGGCUUUCCUCGUGAAUGAGUCAGACGCGGGACUUUUACCUUGGAGGCCGAAGAUACGUACAAUUAGAGUAGUAAUAAUGUCACCAACGACUAAUAAUCCCACCACAGGUAGAGGACGAAGAAUCAGGAAGUUUAAAGAGGAAAUUAGGAAGAAAGACAACCCAAGACGACGUGUUCCAGCAAUGCACGGUAAGCGUCUGUUUUAACGCUAGUAAUAAUUCACACGAUAUCUUCCCUGCAUGCAUGCCAAAACAAUACGUGGAAAAUCUCCACCUUGAAUUUAUCGGGGAAAAAACAAAGUUUCUGGCAAAUGUGUUUUUGGCAAAUCAUUUGACUGCAUGCCAGUGUUUCGAAAUGGUUAUUUUUAAUAAAGUGAGCGCCGAUCCAUGACCGACAUACGUAACUUAUCAAUUGGAAAAAAUUCAAACAGUUCCGUCAAACGAACAGUAAAUCUAAUGUUGAACUCGCGGAAGUUAUGCUAAUGAUUUCUUCCGUCAAUUGUAUAAUACGGUUGAAGAUUUAAAGUCAGUCCAAAAUAUGAUUUUUUGUGCUUCCAUGCAGAAUGAUUCAGCAAAAUACGAACUGUUUUCCACCUGCAAUAGCAAAUUAUACUGUACCAAUACAGUCGAAUAAAGUAAGGCCUAGUCAUUAUAGUAUGCAAUUGUUUAUAAUAAGUUAUUUCAAAAUCUCAUAUGGCUUUUUAUCUUAUUUUCUUUGACAGCUGGUGCAAAAUAAAAUAGCAAGAACAAUACUGGGGUAUGAUCCAAAGUCGCAUUUGACAGCCCUUGGUCACGGGCAAUAAGACAGGUGUAGUGUUGUUAAAUAGAAAGUUAGAAAUGGCAUUAUACUUACUCAUGCAUUAUAAUUAUGUAUAAAAGAUCAGAAUAUUCAUAACUUCUUAUUUUGUUUCAUAAAUAGUUCUUUAAUAUUUGAAACAAAUUCCAUUUCUGCUUCGUCUGCUCGGUCGAACGCGCGUAAGAAGGGCUCUGGGUACGAGAAUGGCCAUCGCCAUGUUUACUCGUCCCAAUCUACAUGCUGCACGGCAUUGCCGCCCCUCCUGGCAAAAUAAUAAGCAAGCGAGAAAAAUUAAGGAGAAAAUAAGAGGGUAGGAACAUCGUUGUCAUAAGCUGGAUGCAGUGACACUUCCAUAUAUGGCACGAACCUAUCCAUAACUUCCAUAUAUGGCACAAACGUAUCCUCGACGCGUUUUAUAACGUUUUAUUUGACGUAGGGAUGACGUAAUGCUGCCUCCCACCUAUGACAAUUUGAAUUAGUCAUGUGAUACAAGAUUGCGAAAGCCGAUUCGCCCAGAACGACGACACGCCCACGAAACGCCCACAAUGUUCCUACCCUCUUAUUUUCUCCUUAAUUUUUCUCGCUUGCUUAUUAUUUUGCCAGGAGGGGCGGCAAUGCCGUGCAGCAUGUAGAUUGGGACGAGUAAACAUGGCGAUGGCAGACGAAGCACAAGUGGAAUUUGUUUCGAAUAUUAAAGAACUAUUUAUGAAACAAAAUAAGAAGUUAUGAAUAUUCUGAUCUUUUAAACAUAAUUAUAAUGCAUGAGUAAGUAUAAUACCAUUUCUAACUUUCUAUUUAACAACACUACACCUGUCCUAUUGCCCGUGCCUUGGUCGCGCUAUAUAGAACCGGAUAAAUAAUGAACAGAAAGAUACGAAGAGAUUAUGGCAACGGAAAACUCAACUGUGUGGAAUGCGAAAACAAAUAUAUACCCGGUUCUAUGGAAAUAAACUUAUAGCAAACAUGCAGCAUUGCAUGCAAGUAUGAACAGUCAACUUUCCGAUGGGACUACAUCAGAAAUUGUGCGCAUGGCAUACGUAUUGUUUUUCGAAGUCUUGAAAAGACAUUGAAAACGUCUACAGCGAUUCUGACAUUUUGUAAACAAUUAAAACAAAUGAGAACAUAUGGGACGUGGGACAAUUACAAUGCAAUCAACUGAUUGCAACGCGUAUAUCGACAUAAGAUUAGACGAUAAACGCCUAUUUUAGGCACAACGGACGCAUUUUGAACUAAUCGAAUCAAAAUUUAAUAAAAUACAGAACGUAAUGCCAACAAAUAUUUACUUGGCAACCGAACACUCUAAAGUAUUUUUUAACAUGUAUAUAAAAUAAUAUGGUGUAGAAUAAUAUAUAUAAUUGGAUAUAAUGUAUAACUAUAUAUAAUGUAAAGUAAUUAUUGAAUAAAAUUCUCAGAAUCUACAUUUGACCCAGACAAAGAAUUUUGCGCUAAGUUUGGGUAUACCAACAAUAUAUCGACACGAUUUGUGAUUGAUCGAGCUGACUCGUCCUAGUUUUUAGGGUCUGAUUACAUGUGGAGUUUUCAGCGAGGAUUGAAUUUCAACCCGGUUAAACGAGCUGAAAUUGUUUCACGCGUAAGUGGCAACCUUCAGACCGAGUAGCGAACCAAUCAAGUCUCAAAAUAAAGCUAUAUUCGGCGGCUUUGCAAAAGAGUAAACAUGUUUUAUGAUUGUUUUUAAAGGCUCUUUUCUACUCAUCGCAAAAACCAUUUCGCAAGCUCGCUGCGUGCACUUCCAUAUCUAAUCACAAUGCCCGACACUGAGUGCAGUUUAUUUUAAUUAGACGCAAGCACUCGGACCUGCGAGUCGAUUCAUGCGAGUGGAAAAACGAGCUAUAAUGCAGUAUUGGGAUAUCCGGGCUAGGGGUAAGUUACCCCAAUAUAUCUAUUUUAUUACUGGAUCAUUAACUUUAACAGAAAGUAACUUAAACUAUACAUUUUACAUAUGUGUUAACAUUGUUUUGCCCGGUAAAGUGAGGGCACAAAUGACACCAAUAACCCAAGACCCCAUGCAUGACUAUCAUAUCCAGAAAAUUAUACAGGUCCCCACCUUUUAGAGAAGAUGAAAUUCAAGGACUUUUCCAGGACUUUCAAGGACCUUUUCCAGUAUAUUCAAGGACCUGGCAACUGGAAAAAUCUUUGAAAAUCAUCUAACUUUUAUCCUUAAACUUAAGGAGAGGAAUGCAAUCAGAAAAAAAAUGACAUCGAAACAACUUUUGGACAAUUGUUAUACAUAACUUUAAUUGAAAUUGGAGAAAAUAAACAUUUGGGCAAUAAUUGGGCAGUUAAUUAUUCUUCAAUUAUUUCCAGCCUACUGAAAAAAAAUUCCAGGACUUUCAAGGACCUUAUCAGUUUCCAAGGACUUUCCAGGCCUGGAUUUUUUUUUAACAAAUUCAAGGACUUUCCAGGAUUUUCAAGGACCGUGGGGACCCUGAUUAUAGAUGUCUGCAGACAUGGGAAGGAGAUGGACUGUUAAAAUUUUGAAGUUUUUACUCGCCAGAAGACUGAAGCCGUGAAUAAUGGUAAACUAUGAGGGGGGCAUUAUGACACCCUUUAAAAGCUUUAAAUUUCAAAACUAGUUUAAUUUAAUUUCAAGACCAAUAAACGACGAAAAACUAUUAGCUUUUUCCUAAAAGAGAUCACAGUGCAUUCUGGGAUCGUUUGGAGGGCCAAAAUAUAUGGUGACAAACGUCAAAUAUGUGAAAGAGUAGAUCGAAGUAUAUCUAUACUAUCAAAUAUCAACUUUUUAGACGACCAAAAAUGAAAUAUCUCCUUUUUAUAUUAAACUUUUAAUUGAAAUGUGUGCUGCCAUAUUUCUUGUCCCUCCAACAUGGGAUUCGCGCGACUAGACCCAGGACUUUGGGAAAUGGCUAAUUACCUAGCUUGUUAAUUUCAAAAGCAUUCUUCAAUUAAUGAGUUGCAUUUCCUGUCAGAGAUAGCGAUACAAUAGAACAAUUUAAAACUCGCCGUUGUUAUUCAUUCUGUGUUUGAAAACAUUCUUGUUUCGGUUGGAAGAACAAGUUUGUUUAUUUCAUUCUUCAUCAAUGCCAAAUGGCAAAUACAACAGACUUACCCAGGGGCCAGAGCCACGUGCCAACAUUUUUGCAUUACGCUAAUUUCGCACGGGAAAAUGCACCAUGCACUUUCGGCCCAAAUGUGGUGCAUUUUCCCGCGCGCGUAAUACAAAUUAAUACAAAAUUUGCACAUCUCGCAGGGCUAAUAUUUUCCGCAUUUUACAACAUUUCGCGGCCAAACUUUGCAAUUUACUAAUUUUAACAUGCUCUUUUAGCUGUGUGAUUUUGUUCUUCUUGCCUAGAUCAAAAUUUACUCUAUAGCUGGACUUGCCUAUAUUUGAAUCUCAAAUUCCUCUCAGAAGCAUUAUACAUAAUGAUAUGUUUCCACCUAUACACUUUUCUAUAUAAAUCAUUGACAAACUGUCAUGUUGUUCGAAUAGAAAUGGUCCAAAUCAAUGCCAAAAUCUGUCGAACUAUAUUGGCUAUGCGUCCUCGGGGCUGUAUAUGGCAUACAGCACGAUGUUCGAGGAUCCCGAACAAAAAAGAUAAUCUUAUGUAACAGAGAGUUUCACGCCAAUCAAUUAAUUAAAAAUUAGGCGAGAAAUUGCAACAAGGAGACCGAAUCACGCAUGUCAAAAAACAUUGUGAUUAAUCGCUUUGUUUUGUCAAUCAAAUAAUUGAAACCAAAUUGAAUGCCGUAGAGCGAGUAAAUUAUCUGAUCAACUAAUCUAGUUUUACACGCAUAUUAUGCUAUAUACCCGAAAAUUUAAAUUAAGUUAGUAAAUAAAAUUUUUAAUUUAUUAAAGAAGAACGCGAGCGGUGUGACAAAAGUUGAUCAAAAAUACUGUUUAUACCGGGAAAGCCAAAGGGAAAAAUUGAUUUGCAGAUGCAUAGAUCGAAAUAUACAGCCCACCGAAUUGCAUUAAAAAAACAUAUGGAUGCAUUUAAGUUUGUACUAAUUUUUAUUUAGCACGAAAAAACUAAAAUUAGUCUCACAUAAUUCAAACCAGGGGCAAGCCUAUAUAUAUAUGCAAAAAUUGUCUGCCCUUAUCGGAAUAUUGAUUUCGUUUCACGCUCUAGCUGGAAGAUAAUGCUGUUACAGGCAACCAGAAAUAGUUUUUGAAGCAUGGCCAUUGGAAUGUUUUUACUUUGUAUAAUGCCCAAUGCAUGCGUGCGCACAGUGAGAGGGUUUUGUAACCUUUUUUCAGAAAGCGGUAUCAAAUUCUGCGUAAUACAAAAUGACUGAAAAACGGCAAACUUCGCAGGGCUAUAUUAUCCGCAUUUUACAACAUUUCGCAACGAAACUUCGGAAUAUUACUAAUUUUGUGAUGCUCUUUGAAGCUGUAAUGAAAUAUUUGUCUAGACGCGUGUCUAGAUCAAAAUUUUGUUCAUUAGGUAAUACUAGGUCCAUUCACAAGUCAAUUCACAUAUUUUAAAAGUAAACGAUCGAACCAUUACUGAUUAACUUCCGUAGAAAGCUUCCUAGCAAAAUCAGUUUCUGUAACUAUAUUUAGGUUGGUACGAAGUUACCCAAGGGAUAUUCAAAGUAUUUACACGGGAGCCAAAAGAUUGAUUAAAUGGUGGUACAUGCAGAGCUGUUUAAUUCCCGGAAUUGAAUUUCCAGGCAGCCAUAAUUCUAGAAACAGAAGUAACUGGAUCAAAUUCCACAUUUAUAAACUACUGAAGUGUUCUGGAAACGCCAAGACAAUACAUUUUCUUAUAAAGAUACCCCAUUAAUACGACCACUCCGGUAAUACGGCCAAAUUACGGGGUUCCUUCACUGAACACUUCAUUAUUUAAAUAGUACCGACAUAUACUUAAAUCUUUUUAACCCGGCUGGUAUAUCGUCUUGGUAAAAUGGGGUCGGCACGGAACUCCGUAGUCUUCAAAGGUAAAUUUCCAAAAGUUUUUACAAAUUCUUGAAUACAUUCUGAUCUUUUCAUGAAAUGUACCUUGUUCGCGCCAAGGGCGUCGCCAUUUGCACAUUCAGGACAUUUGAAUCUUUUUCUGGGCCUUACCUACACACACGCGAAGAUUUUAUUUUAGGACAAGAUAGUGUCAUGUUGUAUAUAUACAGAUAAUUCAAAAAAGGUUGUUCUUUGCAAAGAUUAAACUCUAAACCUUCAACCUCAAACUCUAAGCGUGCAAAGCAUAAUGGGAGCAUCAUUUAAUCAGUUUAGAAAUCCUUUUUUGGGCCCAUUUCUUAGAGACAUGGUAAAUAUCUCCUUACGAGAACAAUUCAUUCACCAAUAGCUGCAAUAUUCAACUAUUAAGCUUGAAACUUGUGCUCCCAUUAAGCUUUGCGCGCUUAGUAGAAUUUAAGGUAUAUAUAUAUAUAUAUAUAUAUAUAUAUAUAUAUAUAUAUAUAUAUAUAUAUAUAUAUAUAUAUAUAUAUAUAUAUAUAUAUAUAUAUAUAUAUAUAUAUAUAUAUAUAUAUAUAUAUAUAUAUAUAUAUAACAUAUAUAUAUAUAUAUAUAUAUAUAUAUAUAUAUAUAUAUAUAUAUAUAUAUAUAUAUAUAUAUAUAUACUAGAGGCCAAUGGGUUCAAGGCACUUAUCGCAAAACUAUAGGACUACAUAAAGCAAUCUUUUGAACAUAUUCAGGGAAUUGAUUUUAAAGCCAGAAUUCGAAUAUUUAUAAUGAGGCGAGAUUUUUAAAUCUGUCAUACUCCUUACGAAUCAAAUUGUUACGUGCUUAAAUUAGUUGUACUAUCGACCAUGUGAACCAACCUCGUUCCCAUGUGAACAUGCAUCUUCUUGCAUAAUUUAGAUCGUUUCAAACACAAUAUCAUGAUACUUGAGGCGGCCAUUUGACAAAUAUUUAUGUGUUGCUAUAGCGUCUACACUUUGGAAGAACGUUUUUCCGCAAAACUGAAACAGUGGUAUAGCCAUUCAUCUCUAUGUCAAUUAUACCGUAAUGUAUAAUGUAUAAUGUAUAAUGUAUAAUGUAUAAUGUAUAAUGUAUAAUGUAUAAUGUAAUGUAUAAUGUAUAAUGUAUAUAAUGUAUAAUGUAUAAUGUAUAAUGUAUAAUGUACAAUGUAUAAUGCAAUGCAAUGCAAUGCAAUGUAAUGUAAUGUAAUGAAGGGCAGAAUUGGAUGAGUCCUACAGUCAUAAUUCAUACAUACACCGAAACAUAUGUACCGGUACAGUACGUGCAUACGUCACGUAGUUGAAUCAAUUUGGGGAGUACCUAAUAGAUAUGUGCAAAUCCGAUCCGAAUCCGAUCGGAUUCGUUCGGAUUUCGGAACAAAAAUAUUCAUUUCGGAUUGGAUCGGAUUGAUAAAGUUGUUUCGUAGUCGGAUCGGACUACGAUAUUCCAAAUAAAAUGAAUUAAUUAUCCACGCAUUAUCGCAUGAAUUAGUUAUCCAUGCAUUUAUCAAAGCAUUAUCGCGGUUGUCGCUGCAUUAUUCGUUUGAUACUUCAAUUGGACGUCACUUUGUCAGCUUCUUGACAUGUAUUUCUUAAUGAGUUUGAGAAAUAUAUUUUUUGAAAUUGUCUGCAUGCUGGAAAAGGAAUUUGGGUCUAGUUUUCCGUAUUUCUGUGGAUGGUUCUGAGAUUGAAUUGCUAAGAAUUGGUAUAUAUAUACAGCUAUAAUCAGUCUAUACAGUGUGUAUCAAAAUAAUUCGAAUCCAAAUUUGACAGACUGCUGUUUAUAAAAUACUAAAGUAAACCAUAUAAUUUUUAUAUGGCAAUAAAGAAUAGCCUAUUAGGUUUCCGAUUAUAUCGUUCUUAUAUCAAUAAGAUCAAAAAUGACCAAGAAAUCGUGUGUUAAAACUGGUUGCUCGAAAUCAAAUUUUUCCGCCGAUGGGAAUUCGAAGUGAGACGUACAAACAAAAGAUAAUGCAAAUUUAAUUAAUCAACAAACUGUUAUGUAGCAAAAUUUACAUAAAUUCGUGUUAUGCCUUCAACAUGUUGAACGAGAAGAAAUUCGCGUUAAAUUUGCAUUUUAGUUUUCAGUGAUGAUUAGCAUUUCAAAGCCUUGUGGGACUAACUUUGAAAGAAAAAAUGUCCAAUUCCCAUCGGCGGAAAAUUGUGAUUUUUAUGGACUUUUUUUGUCAAAGCAAUACUCCUUCAUUUUCCAACUAAAUGACGCGUACAACAUGUCAUUUGAAAGGUAAAUAAAUGAACUUAACAAUGGUGUAAAAACCAACCGAAUUUGUCAAAUAUAUUCUGCGUUAUUACACGCCAAAUUUGGAUUCGAAUUAUUUUGAUACACACUGUAGUUUACUUUAGGUUUCCGACUUGUAAGUAGUACACAUAAUAUAGGGGAUGGCGGGAGAACAUUCUAGAACUGAUGCAUGCAUGCAGUCGGUAAGUAAAGUUUAGUUCAGGUUUUUCCUAUAGUAGCCUAACACUGGAUCAAUAACUCAUACUGGACUUCUAUAAGGAAAAUGGUUUAGAACUAAUGGAGCUAUCCAGUAUAAAUAAAGCCGUUAGUUUAUUUUAAUUUAGGUGCAGUACUCCUACCAGAAUUAACAGGAGCGGAUCCAUUUAGAAUUGAUAUGUCAUGCAUGUACACCCACGAUAUAAAUAAAGUUACAAUAUAUAGUUUAGUUUAGAGAUAUCUUCCCAGAUAAGCGUUGCAAUUUGGUUUCAAUUUGCAUGACCAAAUUAAAUAUUUAAUCUCACAUUUAACUGACAAAUGAUUUGUGUUCUUCUUGUCGCGAAAAGAUCUGAUUGCAAUAAUGAUUGGAGCAAUUUCUAAUUAAUUGAUCAUUGAGAUAUUCGUUACACGUGCAUAGAUAUCUACAAUUGAUACAAUGCAUCUAGAAUAGCCAUAUAGGCUGACUAUAUGACAUUGCAUUGUAAGGGGAAAAACGAGUAAGCGACAAAAACGAAUGGGCGAGCUUAAUUCACGAGUUCCCCAUUCGUUGCGCAACGAAAGGCAGCGAAUCGCCGACUUGACGAGAAUGUGCUUGCACACCAAUUUAAUUGCACUCUCCCUAAAAAAAUAUUUAAAAUUUCCGCUCACAAUAUUUCCGCACAAUAUUAUUUUCCUAACAACCGGUUCGAUUACUCAUAUUAUACAAGGAAUAAAUAAACAUGGAAAAGCCAUCGAUCGUAAUGCAUGGCUAAUUCUUAAAUCUGUUUGAUAAAUAUACGCACCGACUAUAUACUUUCGAGCAGGUAAAAUUUGGCGGUCACUACGCUUGUCUUUCAAGCUGGGGGACCCAUGCAGGUUUAAUCCUUGGUCGGACCUGAUAACUCAAGGUCUUAAAAUAAUUGAAGAGAAAAAGCUAGCUUUACUUCGACACCAGUGAUUGGUUAGAUUUUCAGGGUAAGGAUGUUAAAAUCGCAGGUACUUCGGAUCCCCGAACGAUUGGGCAAUAGCUACCCGUUUGGAAUUCCGUUCAACAAUGCGUGAGAAACUCAAUAUAAACGAUAAACCGUUGCUUCAAAAAUAUAGGGAUGUCAGCGUUUGAAACGAACUUCAAGACCUUUGUUUUAUUAACUCUUUUAGCCUGAAGAAAUUUCACUUGACUAUAACAUUGGAAAUCUGUGAAAUUUUGGAAUUCUAUCAAAUUGACGAGUGUAUCAAAAACAAUUGGGUGCUUAUGUUUUUGAUCAUAAUGUUGACCAAAAUGGGGCCAAAAAUUUACAUUUUUCUGCCCAAGUUGGAAAAUAAUCUAGCAUGAAAAGCAUUCAAACCCAUCUCAUUUCUUUGCGCUUCAAUUUAAUAAUGUGCAAAUACAUAUCCUUAUUUGGAUAAUUGCUGGAGGGUUUUCAGAUUCCGAGAAUUUAUGUUGUUUUCCAAAAAUGGAACAUAUUAUACAAAUAAGGAAUGUUUAUGAGUAUACAAUGGUAAAAAAUUCCAUCUUUCACCGAAUGAAAAUAUUUUUACCAUUGCAGGAAUGAAAACAUUCAUUCUUUGUUUUAUCUAUAACACCAAAAUAGAUAUAUUUUUGUCGAAUUUUUAAUUGAAUUAAAUACAAAACAAAUUCUCAGAAAAACAUUUCUCAGUUAUAUCAUGUACAUAAUAAAAAUCCUACAAAAACGUCCCAAGAAUGUUUUAGUGAAGAAUUAAUAUGAUAAUGGAGUUUAUUUUGUUUAGGUAAGGCUGGUUUACACUAUCUGUGAUCACAGUCAUGCAGUAGGAGUUUUGAAAAGGUAAAUUUUAAGUUUUGAAGGAUUUGUAAGAAAUGUUUGAGGGAACUGGCUUAGUGUUAAACACCGAGUUAGUUCCCUCAAACAUUGGUUACAAAUUCUUCAAAACUUUAAAUUUAUCUAUAUGCAAAAUUCCUGCUGUAAUCACAGAAACUUUGAUAGUGUUGAACCACGUUGAACAAAUGGUAAUUUUUAUUUCAUAUCACGUGAUCAUGAUCAGCCAAUUAAACUGAAACGACGCUUUUGAGAGACGACUGAGACGCCAUUAUUUAUCACAUGCAUUCAGUUACAAACUUUUAAGUAUCAUGCUUUUUGAAUCGAUUUAAAUACAGUUAGUGCGCUAUAAACAGGAAAAAUGAAAAGUCAGAGCAGUUCAAAGUUGGCAAUUCCAAAAAAUUGGAAGCUUCCUGUUGAAAACUCUGGCACUCGCGCUAUUUUUAAAAACAAUACAAGAUUCGAAAAUAUAUAAGAAAAUGCACGAGGAUUUGCACGCAUGGGAUUGACAUUUCCUACAUUAAAUUUUCUAUUUCUAAAACGACGCUAUAAUGGCACAGUUUUAGUGGCACAAAUUUUGACGCUAGUGGCACAAAUUUUAUGCACUUACUAAUUUUGACCUGCUUUUGUUAUUGCUGGUAUUUAUAGCGUGCAUGCUAACAUGAUCAAUUUUACAUUCAGACAAACAACAGCGAUGGAGGUCCGAUUGCAAGGCCAUCCAAACCUUUGCAAAAGAUGUGGAAUUCAUUCAAGAACUUGCACAUAGUUGAUAUUGAAGCGGCUCAGCAAACAAAUUAAAAAGAGGAACGGCCAAAAAUCAUUUUAAUAAAAUCCGUGUAAUUUUUAGACACCUCAAAAAAAAAAUUUUCUGGUCGUAUUUUUGCAAUGUUCCCACGAGGAAAAUGGAUACAUUAUGUUGCAUUCCAUUCAUCUGUCAAUUUCAAACGGUCUUUUUCGGUCUAAAUUUGCAACAUUUGAUCUACACGCGCACUUUACACGCCGCUAAACUCGUUAAAGUGGUGAAGGAAGUAAACUUCACCAAAACUUAAGACGUUUCUAACUCGUUUCAAGAUUUGAACUUUGCCCAUGCAUAUUGCACUUGCCAUGCCUUUUUCAUUAGGGAUUUUUUUAUGCCGAAAGUGCAUGGACAACAAGUUCGAAUUACGGUGGACGAAUUUAGUUCGCGAAAUUAAAACACGUUUACUUAUUUGGUUGUUAAUAAAAACCUUCUUCUUUUUUAGUGGAUCAGAAUCUUCUAUACCUACUACGUAUCAGUGGAGAAGCUAUAGCCAUCUAAAUAGGUUAAGGACAACCCAUUUCUAAAGGCAAAUGCAAACCAUUAAAUAAUGCAAACCAUUAAAAGUUUGCAUAGCAUGCAGGCCUGUUGCUAUAUGGCUAGCUCGCCACUUCGAUCUAGUGAGUUUUCAGAAUUAAAUUUGCCGCAUUAUGUUUUACGAAAGGUUGUUUCAAAACCGAUUCUUAACAGCUGAGGCCGUAUACGACACAUGCUAUGUAAAUUUUUAAUGAAUUGCAUUAUUCAAACAAUUAGAAAUGUUAGUAUUGUUUUAAUCUAUUUAGAUGCAGGAUUAUUGGCAUAGCAUGACACUUGCCAUGGCUAGCUUCACUAUACUGCCAGUAUGGAAAAAACGGUGAAGGUACUGUUUACAUUUUCGCGUAAACGUAACGUAUAAAUGUUUUAAAACCUACAGCUAACAAUGUUAAACGAUUUGAAAAUAGAUCUUUAGAAAUUUGUAUACAAUCUUUCAUUGACAGGUAAAUGUUCCUUGACGGACUGUUUAUAUAGAAUAUUCCAUGCAUGCAUUCAAUUUUGAACAUCUACAUAACUGCAUGUUGGCUUUGGCUAAACUGUCAACAACAAGUUCUUACAGAUAGCGAGAGGACGACUGGAGUGGCAUUUAGCGCACACUGCCCUGGAUGUUCUUAGGUUGUCCGGAUUGUAAAUAUGUUCUGCAUGGAAGGUCGAAUUAGUAGUAUAUAAAUAAUGCAUGAGAAUUUAAAUAAUGAGUGCUUUUUCGGGUGCUUAAGAUCUGGUAGCAACAAAUUAAAGUAAAAGCUAUGGAUUCAUUUUGUAAUAAAAAAGUAAAACAUGUCACGUCCUCGUACCAGAAUGGGAUUAUAAGUUCAUCCACCUUAAGCUUCCUCUUGUAUUUCCCAGGACGAGCUUGCGAUUGAAAGCGAGCCCUGCCCAAACCAAAACCACCGCUAGCACCGCGCGACAGAGAUACGCAAAAACUAAUAUCUCUUAUCUCAUUUUGAGUAUCAUAGCCACGGGCUUCAUUUGAUUUGACAGGCUCAAAUUAACCGUAGCGCGCGUUAAAUUUAGCAUCUCAUUGUCGGAAAAAAGUUUAAAACGGAAUGCAGAAGGCGGCGAGCAACAUUCGUUACAAAUUAAGAUUUUGCUACCGAUAUACUAUGUGAUUUGCGCGCAUCGGUGCGCAAUGCAUCGCGGUAUGGGGACGGCGCGUUAUAAAAGACGGGCGGUCGACGCAAUUUAUUCAAAAGCAAUCUCGACCGUCGCCAAGUGUAUACUGGUCUCCAAACAGAUUCCAACUGCAAAAACGGUGUAUAUCUUGGUCUUUCAACUGCUGCAGUUUGAGUGUAUAUUUCAGUGCGAAGAGAAAAUUAUAAGACUUGUAUAAUCGAAGGUAAUUUGGUCGUGGAAAAAACGCAAACUAACUUUUCAUCAUGAAGUGUUCAAUUGUAUUGCUUGUAUUGGUCUUGUCUAUCAUGACGGCUUUCCUCGUGAAUGAGUCAGACGCGGGAUUUACAGCUAUAAAGCCACCGAUACGUACAAUUAGAGUAUCAAAGCCGAAACCAAUGUCACCAACGACUAAUAAUCCCACCACAGGUACAGGACGAAGAGUCUGGCGGAGAAUUAAAGAAAAUAUUAAGAAAAGACACAACUCAGGACUACGUGUUCCAGCAAUGCACGGUAAGCGUCUGUUUUAGCGCUAGUAAUAAUUCACACGAUAUCUUCUCUGCAUGCAUGCAUCUCAAAACAAUACGUGGAAAAUCUCCACCUUGAAUUUAUCAGGGAAAAAACCGAGUUUCUGGCAAAUGUGUUUUUGGCAAAUCAUUUGACUGCAUGCCAGUGUUUCGAAAUGGUUAUUUUUAAUAAAGUGAGCGCCGAUCCAUGACCGACAUACGUAACUUAUCAAUUGGAAAAAAUUCAAACAGUUCCGUCAAACGAACAGUAAAUCUAUAUUGACUAUAAUGUUGAACUCGCGGAAGUUAUGCUAAUGAUUUCUUCCGUCAAUUGUAUAAUGUUGAAGGUUCAAAGUCAGUCCAAAAUAUGAUUUUUUGUGCUUCCAUGCAGAAUGAUUCAGCAAAAUACGAACUGUUUUUCACCUGCAAUAGCAAAUUAUAUACUGUACCAAUAGAGUCGAAUAAAGUAAGGCCUAGUCAUUAUAGUAUGCAAUUGUUUAUAAUAAGUUAUUUCAAAAUCUCAUAUGGCUUUUUAUCUUAUUUUCUUUGACAGCUGGUGCAAAAUAAAAUAGCAAGAACAAUACUGGGGUAUGAUCCAAAGUCGCAUGUGACAGCCCUUGGUCACGGGCAAUAGGACAGGUGUAGUGUUGUUAAAUAGAAAGUUAGAAAUGGUAUUAUACUUACUCAUGCAUUAUAAUUAUGUUUAAAAGAUCAGAAUAUUCAUAACUUCUUAUUUUGUUUCAUAAAUAGUUCUUUAAUAUUUGAAAUAAAUUCCAUUUCUGCUUCGUCUGCUCGGUCGAACGCGCGUAAGAAGGGCUCAGGGUACGAGAAUGGCCAUCGCCAUGUUUACUCGUCCCAAUCUACAUGCUGCACGGCAUUGCCACCCCUCCUGGCAAAAUAAUAAGCAAGCGAGAAAAAUUAAGGAGAAAAUAACUGGGUAGGAACAUCGUUGUCAUAAGCUGGAUGCAGUGACAUUCCAUAUAUGGCACAAACCUAUCCAUAACUUCCAUAUAUGGCACAAACGUAUCCUCGACGCGUUUUAUAACGUUUUAUUUGACGUAGGGAUGACGUAAUGCUGCUUCCCACCUAUGACAAUUUGAAUUAGUCAUGUGAUACAAGAUUGCGAAAGCCGAUUCGCCCAGAACGACGACACGCCCACGAAACGCCCACAAUGUUCCUAUCCUCUUAUUUUCUCCUUAAUUUUUCUCGCUUGCUUAUUAUUUUGCCAGGAGGGGCGGCAAUGCCGUGCAGCAUGUAGAUUGGGACGAGUAAACAUGGCGAUGGCAGACGAAGCACAAGUGGAAUUUGUUUCGAAUAUUAAAGAACCAUUUAUGAAACAAAAUAAGAAGUUAUGAAUAUUCUGAUCUUUUAAACAUAAUUAUAAUGCAUGAGUAAGUAUAAUACCAUUUCUAACUUUCUAUUUAACAACACUACACCUGUCCUAUUGCCCGUGCUUUGGUCGUGCUAUAUAGAACCGGAUAAAUAAUGAACAGAAAGAUACGAAGAGAUUAUGGCAACGGAAAACUCAACUGUGUGGAAUGCGAAAACAAAUAUAUACCCGGUUCUAUGGAAAUAAACUUAUAGCAAACAUGCAGCAUUGCAUGCAAGUAUGAAUGAACAGUCAACUUUCCGAUGGGACUACAUCAGAAAUUGCGCGCAUGGCAUACGUAUUGUUUUUCGAAGUCUUGAAAAGACAUUGAAAACGUCUACAGCGAUUCUGACAUUUUGUAAACAAAUGAGAAUAUAUGGGACGUGGGACAAUUACAAUGCAAUCAACUGAUUGCAACGCGUAUAUCGACAUAAGAUUAGACGAUAAACGCCUAUUUUAGGCGCAACGGACGCAUUUUGAACUAAUCGAAUCAAAAUUUAAUAAACUACAGAACGUAAUGCCAACAAAUAUUUACUUGGCAACCGAACACUCUAAAGUAUUUUUUAACAUGUAUAUAAAAUAAUAUGGUGUAGAAUAAUAUAUAUAAUUGGAUAUAAU